UGCUAGACCAGAGAUUAUGUGCCGGCUGUGUGGCGGCAUUCACUCCCUCUUUCAUUCCCGCUGCCCACUGGGCCUUAUCGCCAUCAAUCUGACACAGUGUUUAUCUGACGCUGCAGCCAGAUCUGCUGGCCUAGGAGAAACCUUCACAAAGGCCGUGGGUCAUCAGCAUUUUGAUUGUGGGACCCGGAGUGGCUGUCACGCCCUCCCCCGCCUCCACCCCCUGAUCCCAGCGAUCCUGGCAGUCUUGUUUCCUCCGUGGUCCCAGAAGCUGAACCUGAAGGCCUGUGACUUUGUCGUCCUCUUCCGUAUUGUGUAUCCUGUUCUCACAUUGGGUCUGGUGGUGGCCAGGUUCUCUAUGUGGUUUGGUUUUUUUGUUCACCUGCUGUAUCCUGGACCUAGCGAGCAGCACGUCACCUGGGCUUCACCUCCUCCUCCUCGUUUCUGGUCUGAAAGUGGACAGCAUUUGCCGUCAUGGCCUCUUUUAAACUGGAUUUUCUCCCUGAGAUGAUGGUGGAUCAUUGCACUUUGAAUUCUAGUCCCGUUGGCAAGAAGAUGAACGGGUCUCUGGACCACCCCGACCAACCAGAUGUGGACGCCAUCAAGAUGUUCGUGGGCCAGAUUCCACGUUCCUGGUCCGAGGAGCAGCUCCGCGAGCUCUUCGAGCCUUUCGGCGCCGUCUACGAGAUCAACGUUCUCAGGGACCGCAGCCAGAACCCGCCACAGAGUAAAGGAUGCUGUUUCAUCACAUACUACACUCGCAAGUCUGCCCUGGAGGCGCAGAAUGCUCUUCACAACAUGAAGAUUCUUCCAGGGAUGCACCACCCCAUCCAGAUGAAGCCGGCUGAUAGCGAGAAAAGCAAUGCUGUGGAGGACAGGAAGUUGUUCAUCGGAAUGAUCUCCAAGAAGUGCAACGAGAACGACAUGCGCUUGAUGUUCUCGCCGUACGGGCAGAUCGAGGAGUGUCGGAUACUGCGAGGCCCUGAUGGACUCAGCCGAGGUUGUGCGUUUGUGACGUUCACAGCCAGACAGAUGGCCCAGUCCGCCAUCAAGUCCAUGCACCAGUCCCAGACCAUGGAGGGCUGCUCCUCACCCAUGGUGGUCAAGUUUGCCGACACGCAGAAGGACAAGGAGCAGAAGCGCAUGGCACUGCAGCUGCAGCAGCAGAUGCAGCAACUCAGCGCUGCAUCCAUGUGGGGCAACCUCAGUGGCCUGGGCAGCCUGGGGCCUCAGUACCUGGCACUUUACUUGCAGCUGCUGCAGCAGUCCGCCUCCACAGGGAACACGCUCAGCAACCUGCACCCCGUUUCAGGUCUUAAUGCCAUGCAGAACCUGGCUGCCUUGGCAGCAGCGACCGCCACGCAGGCCUCAGCCACUGGCUCCAGUGCCAUGACCACAUCCAGUAGCCCACUGAGUGCUCUAACAAGCUCAGGCUCCUCCCCCACCUCCAGCAGCACCUCAUCAGUCAACCCCAUCGCCUCUCUGGGAACGCUGCAGUCUCUGGCUGCCAGCACUGGAGCUGGUCUCAACUUGGGCUCUCUAGCAGGCAUGGCGGCGCUCAACGGUGGUCUGGGCCCUGGAGGCUUGUCUAACGGCUCAGGAAGCACCAUGGAGGCGCUGAGCCAGGCCUACUCCGGCAUCCAGCAGUACGCCGCUGCCGCCGCCCUGCCCAGCCUCUACAACCAGAGCCUGCUGUCCCAACAGAGCGUGUCGGCCGCAGGGAGCCAGAAGGAAGGACCAGAAGGUGCCAACUUGUUUAUUUACCACCUCCCUCAAGAGUUUGGAGACCAGGAUCUGCUGCAGAUGUUCAUGCCCUUUGGGAACGUCAUCUCUGCUAAGGUCUUCAUUGACAAGCAGACCAACCUCAGCAAGUGUUUUGGCUUUGUGAGCUACGACAACCCGGUGUCGUCCCAGGCGGCCAUCCAGUCCAUGAAUGGUUUCCAGAUCGGCAUGAAGCGGCUGAAGGUGCAGCUGAAGCGCUCCAAGAACGACAGCAAGCCGUACUGAAGCUGCAGGGGGGGCAGGCAGGCUUGUAGUUAGGGGGCGGAGCUUCUCUGGUAAGUGGAGUCAGAAACGUGCAUUAGGGGGCACCCCCCCCAAUUGAGACUGGAUUCUUCCCGUGUUCUGUUGUGGUUCCUGCACUUUGUUUCCCUGGAAGAAGGACAAGCUGGUGUGUUUUCUUGAACUCGUUUGCUGUGCUACCUUUCCCGUUAAAGUGCCCUCAUCUUUUUCUUUUCUUCUCAUCUUUUGCUUCACUUCACGCUACGCCUGAACCAAUACUUUCUCACACACACACACACACACACACACACGUUUUGUACUUGGUGUUACACUUGCUGACCUGAAGGGGGAACUCCACUGCAGCCAAAACCACCUCACCGCCCCCAGUCAAUCCCAGUCAUGCUGUAAAUGCUCUACUUGAUCUAUUUCUUCAUGAGGCAUAUUCUGUCACACAGUCGCUCGUGGUGCUUUGGUGGUGUGUUUUCUACCCCCCCCC